AUGCCGCCCAUCGUCCUAGAAGAUAUAAUCCUCCCUGGGAAAUCCACCCCCGCUGACCUCCUGACGAUGAAACUACGCCCAACGGUGAAGUGUUUUAUUGCAGCCAUAAAUAAGAGAUUUGAAAAGGAUCCCAUGUUCUGCAUAGAUGACCUGAGGUUAUCCGGGCGGCCGCUGCCUCUUCCGGCGAGCAGCAACUCAACCAGCUGGGGCCAAGUGUCAACAUUUAAGAACACGGAUGCAGGAUGUACAUCGCCAGACGCCUGUGUGAACACCACCUGCGGUGUCCCUCUCACCUGCACCUCGACCUGGGGCAAAGCUACGUGCGGAUGCGGCCCCGGACGAGAACUUGUCGGACGCGCAUGCAAGGACGUCGACGAGUGCUUGUGGCAGCCCUGCUUGCAUGGGGGAUCGUGCUAUAACAUGCGGCCGGGCUUCCUGUGUGUUUGCGGUCCCGGCCAUUCCGGACACUACUGCCAGUGGACCGACCUGGACUCUCCGCCCUAUCACCUUAAAGGAACCAUGGCUGUAGUUACCCUGGCGCUCUCUACGAUUUUUGUGGGUGAGUGUGGGUACGAGUUUUGUGGCCAUGGCAGCACUGGGAAGCAGAGGCUGGUAAGAUAUACAAGGCUGAACAUUGAGGAUUUUACGCGCGUCACUUGGUCUAAAAUUGCUUCUGGAAUUGACUGUGUGAAAUCGAGCACUUGCUUAUGA